UCUGUGUGGGGUGGGGGGUUUAUUUUCAAAGCUGUUCUUCAUUCCUCCGUUCGAACACUUCUGAAAGCGCGUAUUUUUCUGCAAACCCACAAAGUUACAUGGCUGGUAAAGCUGAAGAACCUGUCAAUGAGCAAGCAGUUGCCACCAUAUAUGGCAACAUGAGGGCUGACAUCAACCAAGUUUACUCAAAGAUUACAGAACUAGAGAUGGAGGUUAGUGAGCAUUCAUUGGUAAUCAAUGCCAUUAAACCUUUAGAUCAGUCUCGUCGGUGUUACCGCAUGAUUGGUGGUGUACUGGUUGAGAGAACCAUUAAAGAAGUCUUGCCAGCCGUGCAACACAAUAAAGAGGGCCUUGAGAUGGUGAUAGCUCGGCUUAAUGAGGCCUUGGAAAAGAAAAAGAAGGAAUUGGCUGACUUCGAGGCUAAAUACAAGAUCAGGAUCAAAAAGGGAGAUGAAGUGAAAGAUGAUGGCAGCAAGAAGGAAGGAUCUGCGCAAGGGGUGCUUGUUGGUCCAGCAGGUGCAGCUGAACAAAAUUAGUUUUAUCGUAAGUGAUAUUUUUCUGGUGUUUGUUUCACCUAGUUAUACAGACCCUGUAAUGUGUAUUAGGCUUUUGUUACCUGGAUAAAGUUUCUUUAAGGAUUUUAGAUGUUUUAUUCCCUUGUAAGGGUUUAUAAAUUUGAAAAAUGUCUGAAACUUAAUUACUUGAUGGGCUGAUUUGGUUUGGUUUUAAACUUGUUAGAUCCAUAAUUUUAUAAUAUACAGCCUGUCUUUGUAUUCA